AUGGAGGAAGGGAAAAACACAGGCAAACGCAAGCGACGGACACAAGGGUGCAGAGUGGCAGGGAGACAGAGGCAAACAAGUCCCCCUGAGAGAGUCAAGUCCAUCUGUAAAACCAUGGAGGAGAAGGGCUGACUGGAGGAGUUCCUGAAGACCCACAAGCACGACCCUGUUCAGAAGUGCCAUAUCAGUGACUUCAGCGUGGCCUACGAGCCCAUGGCCUACAUGGAUGCGGCCUACUUUGGUGAGAUCGGCAUCGGGACCCCACCACAGAACUUCCUGGUUCCUUCAGAUACCAGCUCUUCCAAACUGUGGGUGCCCUCUGUGUACUGCCAGAGCCAGGCCUGCACUGGCCACAGCUGCUUCAACCCCAGCCAGUCCCCGACCUCCUCCACCAAUGGCCAGGCCUUCUCCCUGCAGCACGGCAGCGGCAGCCUCACUGGCUUCUUUGCCUGCGACGCCGUGAUGGUCCGGAGUAUCCAGGUCCUCAACCAAGAGUUCGGCCCGAGUGAGAAUGAGCCCAGUACCAAUUUCAUCUACGCGCAGUUCGACGGCACCAUGGGCAUGGCCUACCCAGCCCUGGCCAUGGGCGGGGCCACCACGGUCCUGCAGGGCACGCUGCGGGGCGCCCUCACCAGCCCCGUCUUUAGCUUCUACCUCAGCACCCAGCAGGGUUCUCAGAAUGGAGGAGCAGUCACCUUUGGGGGUGUGGAUAACAGCCUGUACCGGGGACAGAUCUACUGGGCUCCGCCCAUCACCAGGGAGCUCUACUGGCAAGUUGGCAUUGAGCAGCUCCUCAUUGGCGGCCAGGCCAUCAUCAUGGACACAGGCACAUCUCUGCUCACCAUGCCCCAGCAGUACCUGAGCACCCUUCUGCGCGCCACAGCCCAGGAGGACCAGUACGGACAGUUUCUUGUGAACUGUAACAACAUCCAGAACCUGCCCACCUUCACCUUCAUCAUCCGCGGGGCACAGUUCCCUUUGCCACCCUCUUCCUACAUCCUCAACAACAAUGGCUACUGAAACAUGGGGGUUGAGCCCAUCUACAACAGCCAGAACAGCCAGCCUCAGAUCCUUGGGGACAUCUUCCUCAGGUCCUACUAUUCUGUCUACAACAUGGGCAACAAAAGGGUGGGCUUCCCCACUGCCGCCUAG